AUGGUCAAAGCCACCGUGGAAACCAGCGUUUCCUACGGCACUAGCAUCACUGGGACCAAUGGGCAAGAGCUCCAGAGGCUUAGGCAGCUGGUAGGCAGUCAAGGUCCCACCAGCUCCGCCUCCCUCACGCUCCGCCUCCUGCUCACCCCUGGCAGUCGGGUAGACCCUAUUUUCAAGGCUUCCGCCGACCCGCUUUGCGCCAUGUUGGCAGCGUGGAAGCAGCAGUGGGUACCCCAGCACAUAAUAACUCAAGGAAUUCGGCGAGCCCAGCAGCGUGCUCGAUCCAGCAAAGGCAAUCCGUGGCAGUCUGUUGCGGGGCCCUUCACGGCCUACUUGGCCACGCUCGAUCGGUUGAGAAUUCAGGCUGAUGGUUUUAGUUCUUGGACCUUUCCCUGGGGCCUCACUAUACAGCCGGCCACCCUUUGCGUCCAUGGGCUUAGGAAGCUCAUUGACCUGGCCUGUGAGGCCUGGCAGUGGAGGCAGAUCAGCACCACGCUUGGCUGCCCUGAGCUCAAGUCAGGCAUCUUGCUCGAGCCAGUCCUCAGUCUGCUCGGUCGCUCUUCGCCGUUGUCGCCUGAGGAAAAGGCCUAUCUUCGAUCCGUUGUCAUCGGUGCCCAGUGGACGCAGCAGCGCAUGUUUGAGGCCAAAUACGUGCAGUCCCCGCUUUGCCGCAUCUGUCAUGAUUUCCCUGGCACGUUGUACCACCGACAUCUGUUGUGUGAUGGGUUGGUCUCUGCCAGCUUGCAGCCCGCGGGCCCUCUCUGUCGUGUAUUGCCGCAGGAACCCACCGAGCUUGUGUUGCUGCUUGGCAGCCGUGUGCUUCUUCCUUUUGACAGGUUCCCGCAGCGGCCAGAGCCCGCGCCAGAACAGUUCUACCUUGGUGAGCGAAGCUCGCUCACUGGGGAUUUGUUCGUAGAUGGAUCCAUGUAUGAUCACGAUGUGCCCAAUGCUGCCGUCGCUGGUUGGGCUGUCAUUGCCAUGCAUCCAGAUCCUCCCCCUCCGAGGGCUCUCGAUGACUUUCGUGUUUCGGUUGUCUUCGGAGGCGGAGUCGAGGGCCCAAUUCAGUGCAUUGACCGUGCUGAGUUGGUGGCGGUGUUGCACACUCUCAGAGCUGCCAUGCCGCCCGAGCUCAAGGAAAUCGCCGCCAAGCAGCAGUUCCUCGCCGCCGGCGCGGAGCAGCAGAAGGCGAAGAUGGCCGCGGACAUCUUCAACGGCAACGAGCGGGACCUGAGAGCCCGCCAGGCCAUUGCCAUGAGGGAGCACAGGAAGGAACAGCUCAUCGUGGCGCGCGACCAUGCGCAGCGCGCCACCAAUAAGCAGCGGGAAACGGACGACUACAGGCAGAUGCAGGCGGACGUCAACGACCGGGUCCGGCGGGCGAAGUCCGCGGACGCGGCGCUGAAGGAGGACAUCGUCAAGGCCACCGUGGCGGCGAGGCAGAUCCAGAGCGCGCACACGAGGACGAAGCUGCAGUCCGAGAUCGGGCACGGCGCGAGCAAGUACACCCGGAGGCUGACCCCAUAGCACCGCCAGCGCUGCCGUCACUGUAGCACCGCCGCAGCACCGCCCCCCGCGGCACCGGCGCCGCGCUGUAGCACUACCCCUGUGGCACUGACGCUUGUCCCUUCUCGACAUCCUCGAUCUCCUCCCUCGCUCUGCUCCUCGCUCUGCUCCUCCACCUCCUCCUCGCCGCUGCCUUGCCCAUUCCGCCCUGCAGCGGUGGUCUCACCCCUGCAGCGGGGGGGGGGUCGCCCUCCCCCCGCCCCGCCGCCGCCGCCACCGGGCGUCGUCGCAAGUCUCACCUGCCGGGGGGGCAGCCACGGCCGCGGCGCCCACGACGGCGCCGCAGCGAGGUUCGCAGUCCUCCUCCUCGUCCUCGUCCUUCUCCUCCGCUCUCCUCUCG